AUGGUGCCCGAAAUAUUGUUUUUACUCAAUGAAACUCAGCACUGGCAUCUUUACAGUUUCACCUGCCGUAAUAGAUAAUGAUUGCUUAACAUAACUAAUGAUUAUUAGUUUACGACAAUUAUUUCUUUUAUUAAAAAAUACUAUAUUUAAAUAAAAUCUAGCAAACUGGUUUACUUGUAGAACGACGUCUACCAGCAAUUUAUUUUUUUUUAGUUAUCAUUAUGUGGCCACACCAUUUGCCCGCUCGCCAGCACUCGACAAGCUUCGUCUUGCUUCGCAGGCAGUCUUUGAGCACUUUGCAUUUGUCGUAGUUUUCAAUCGAAAAUGUUUGCGGCGGCGGUAAGAUGUAGCAAAAUAUUUUCUCGCCAAAAUUUUGUGAAUAUUUGUAGAGAAGUUCAUUGUGAAAAAAAUGAUUAAAAAGUAAUUGAAGUGAAAAUGUUAAAAAUUUGCAGUUAUUAGGUAUUCACCGCUGUUACUGGAAUUAAUAAUUUUGAGAAUAAGUUUUAAUUGUACUGAAUUGAUUUAUUUGUGAAUUGAAUCGUCAAAUAAAAUUAUGGAAUAUGCGGAGCGAGUAAACGUAUAUAACUAUUUAGCAUAAACUGAAAAUGAAGUAAAAGUUUAGUAGAAUUGUGGAAGAAUUAAUUGUGUUAACGAAAACUGAACAUAGAUAUAAAACAAAGGCCAAUAUAAAAUUGGUUUCGCAGUAUUUGGUGACGGUGCUGAUAUUCAGCAUAAUAGAACAGCAGACAAUUUGAGCAGCAGCUACGAAAUUCGUAUUUGAGUCUCUAUUCUUAACAUUUGGAAAGGAUAGUCGCGCACGGCGCAAUGAAAAGGCAACGUAGUAAUCGCACUUCACUACAAGCAAAGCCUCAACCAACAUAUAAACAUUUGCUAUAUAAACACAAAACGCAUUCAUCUCUAGUGCGGAAGUUGAAAUUUGAGUUUGAAGAAAGGAAAAUUUAUUCCGUUUUACCAAAAUAACAACUUAAUAGUUAAGAAUUACAAUUUAAUUGAAAUUAAAAAGCGACGUUGGUUUUACGGAAUAUCGGUGAAAUUUGCUGACAGCUACUAUUAGUAGUAGUUUAUUUUAAUUUACAAAGGAAAAGUGCAUAAAGACAACGAUAAAAGUAAAACAAAGUUUAUUUUAAAAAUGAUGAAGCGUACUCGCGUGGAUGAAGUCCAAUAUGGCACUCGUCCCGGCCCUGGUGGAGUGGGUGGAAGUGGCGGUGGAGGAGGUGGUGGAGGCAACGUCUCUGGCUUGGUGGGCAGCUCCAAUUCCGCCAACACAGUUAAUAUUGGCGCUGUGGUUCCCGGCAGUCAUGGCAGUUCCAGCUUAAGCGUCGGUUUGUCUGGUGGCAACGCGUCUGGUUCGAUGCCACAUCAUCGUAUAGUAAUACCACAACAUGGUGGUGCGCAGACCAUUGCAUAUUUGCCAUCAACCACACCAGCGGCAGCCAACUUGAAAUCUACUACUGGAUUAGUAGAUAGUAGUACUAGUAGCGGUGGUGCCGCAAGUCACGAUAGUGCAGGAGGCAGCAGCGGUUCUGUGCAGCUAUCAGGAGGAACGGUUGUUACCUCCGGUGGGGGUGUCUCCGGAACAGUCAAUGCAGGAACUGUUCAUACACAGGCUGUGCAGUAUCCAUCUUCCUACAAUGCUUCAUCUGUAUCUUCCACUGUUGGUGGUAAUAUGAAAACAUCAUCUGAUGGAACCGUGCAAAUUCAUGUAACGGGUGGAGCUGGUAGUAACGUGCCGAAUUCUGGAUCUCAGCCAAAUUCUCUCCGCACAAGAACGAUUAGUUCUUCGCAAAAUAUUUCUGUGAGUAGCGGCACUAGUGGUAAUUUGAACGCACCACAAGUAUUGACAGGUCUAGCUCCGCUAGCAACAACACCGGCUCAACCCGGUCAGCCGGCCAUCGGUCCUCCUCGUCUUAAAGUGGAGGAUGCACUAAGUUACUUGGAUCAAGUAAAAUUUCAAUAUGCUGACCAACCACAAAUUUACAACAACUUUCUGGAUAUAAUGAAAGAAUUUAAGUCCCACUGUAUUGACACACCCGGAGUUAUACAACGUGUGUCCAAUUUGUUUAAGGGACAUACAGAAUUGAUUUAUGGCUUCAACAUGUUUCUACCAGCAGGUUAUAAAAUCGAAAUACAUUCAGAUGAGCUUGGCGUUUCGGUACCCGUUGUAUCGAUGCCUUCAGCAUCGCCAACCAGUCUACAUGGCAAUAUACCAGGCGUUAGUGGUAGCGUCGGAAAUAUGCAAACAAUAAUCAAUAGGGCUAAUCAAAGCAGCUCUAGUAACGCGCCAAGCAGUUUGGAACACCACCAAUUACCAACCAGUAGUACCAGUAACAGCACUGGUAUAGCGGUGAAUCUUAUGACGCAUGGUGGUGCGUCGUUGUCUCAAACGACAAUACAUGCUUUACAAUCCACUGCUUCACAGCCAUCACCAAGCGGACCAGGAAUAUCGCAACAUGCUCACGUUUCUGUUUCGCCCGCACCAUCGUCUGUGACACAAAUGCAAAGCGUAACAGUGGCACCUGUAUCAUCUGGACAUUUACCACAAAAUUUUUCACGAGACCGGGACCGUCCCAGUAUAGCACAAGCCGUAGUCACUAGCAGCAUGGGUGGUGGUCCGGCAACACUCAAUUCACUCAGCGAACUUACGCCACAAAUGAACAAUACAGGUGGCGGCGGCGGCGGAAGCGGUGGAAAUUCACAUCAUAAUCUGCACCAUAUUUCACAAGCGCAUCAGUCAAUACUCAUGGGCGAAACUGUCGGUCAACAAAAUCAGCCCGUCGAAUUCAAUCAUGCCAUAUCUUAUGUUAAUAAAAUUAAGAAUCGCUUCCAAAACAAACCAGAGAAAUAUAAAAAAUUCCUUGAAAUUCUCCAUACUUACCAAAAGGAGCAAAAAAUCAUAAAAGAGGGUAGUCCCAAUCAAGGAAAAACCUUAACCGAGCAAGAAGUUUACACACAAGUUGCAAAGUUAUUUGGUCAGGAUGAGGAUCUACUAAGGGAGUUUGGCCAAUUUCUUCCAGACGCUACAAAUCAUCAAGGCGUUCAAUAUUUGUCUAAAUCGCACAACGAUCACAAACGCACCAACGCAGGCACAGUUGGUAGUGCAAUGAGUGGCGCUUCUGGUGGUGCUAUAAGCAGCGGUGGAAGCGGCGGUGCCCAUCAUAUGCCCUUGCCAUCGUCAUCUGGCUCACCGUUGCAUCUCAAUAGUGGCGCAACAUUAUCACAAAUCGGCAGCAGUACACAUGCCACGGUAUUGGGUAACCUAUCUGCAGUCAAUACGAGUGUGAGCAUUAAGUCAUACAACAAUGCGCAACAACAGUCGCAAAAUCAUGUGAUAAAUUCUGGCGCUGUCGGCGGACGUGGUGGUGAGGUUGUAUACGACAAAGAUUACCCUCAUCAUGUAACCGUGCACCCCAGUAGCGGCGUCCAUUUGAAAGUGCUGCAUGAUGGUGUUGUAAGCACCGGUGCUGUAAUUCACGACAUAAAUGUUCCGUCAAGUAUUCGCAAUUACGAAAAAGAUACACAUCGCAGUAAUCACCAUGCGAUAAGUGGUCUAAAAUACCCACACGCUCAAGGCUCCAAUAUUAGUGGCGUUUCCGGUCACUCUUCGAAAAAGUCGCCAAGUUACAGCUCAGGCAUGGGAUCGCUGAGUGGCAGUGGCAAUGCUUCAAUGAGUGUAGAUCGCUCUGCCAUUGGCAUGAACUAUUCGCAGCAAGUGCUUGGUCACAUUGCUGGAACGCGACGUCCAGCAAUUGAUGAUGGCGGUAGUGGUAGUGGUGGCGGUGGACUUGGCAGCGGACCACCACCUACUAAGAAACACAAGCCAAUAUGCAAAGACGUCUCGUUUUCAGAAGCAUCGCGAAAGUGUACCAUCUCCGACGCUGCAUUCUUCGAUAAGGUGCGCAAAGCACUGCGAAAUCCCGAUGUGUACGACAACUUUUUACGUUGUCUAACGUUAUUCAAUCAGGAGAUUGUGUCAAAGACUGAAUUAUUGAAUUUAGUAACACCAUUCUUGAAUAAAUUCCCUGAUUUAUUGAGUGGAUUUACUAAAUUUUUGGGACAACCAGUAGCGCCGAUUUCCUCUGGCGGUAGCGGCGGACCAGGUAGUGGCGGUACUGGUAUUUUCGGCUUAGAGGAAAUACCCCUGCAAGCAGCACAUCGGCAAAAUAGUAAUAUCGGCAGCAAUGCAUUGAACGAUCGGCAAGGCAAUCAUCAAGGCGGCGAAUUGGCACAAGAUAUCGAUUUAACCUCGUGUAAACGUCUUGGUGCUUCUUACUGUGCCUUGCCACAGUCCAUUGUGCCGAAAAAGUGUUCGGGACGUACACCGCUAUGUCGCGAAGUGUUGAAUGACAAAUGGGUAUCAUUUCCGACUUGGGCCAGUGAAGAUUCAACUUUUGUCACAUCGCGUAAAACUCAAUUCGAGGAAACCAUUUACAGGAAUAUUCAUAGGACGGAAGAUGAACGCUUCGAAUUGGAUGUCGUGAUCGAAACGAAUAGCGCCACGAUCCGUGUGCUAGAGGGUGUGCAGAAAAAGAUGUCGCGCAUGUCACCGGAGGAGUUGAGCCGCUAUUAUUUGGACGACUAUUUGGGUGGUACUUCGCAGACCAUACACCAAAGGGCUAUUUAUCGUAUAUAUGGUGAUAAGGCAGGCGAAAUAAUACAAGGUCUGAAGAAAAAUCCUUCUGUUGCGGUGCCAAUUGUUUUGAAGAGGUUGAAGGUUAAAGAAGAAGAGUGGCGGGAUGCGCAAAAAGGUUUUAAUAAAUUGUGGAGGGAACAGAAUGAAAAAUAUUACUUGAAGUCACUAGAUCAUCAAGCAAUCAAUUUUAAGCCAAAUGACAUGAAGGCAUUGCGUUCCAAAAAUCUCUUCAACGAAAUCGAAACAUUGUACGAUGAGCGCCACGAUCAAGAUGAUGAGAAUGGCGAACCAAUUACCGGACCUCAUCUGGUGUUGCCAUAUAAAGAUAAAACCAUACUAGAUGAUGCAGCAAAUUUAUUAAUUCAUCAUGUCAAGCGUCAGACAGGCAUACAGAAACAAGAAAAGACUAAAAUCAAACAUAUAUUGCGACAGUUCGUGCCCGAUCUAUUCUUCUCGGCCCGACAACCACUGAGUGAUGAUGAACGCGAAGAUGAUGAUAACGAAAAAAUGGAUGUCGAUGGCAAUGCAACAGGUAACAGGAGUGAACGUGAUUUGCACACCAACAGUGGUGGCAGCGGCAAAGGCAGUAGAACAUCCAGUGGUAACACAUCUAACGCUGACACUGCAAGCGGAGCUGCCGGCUCCAAAACCGAAGGUUCGCCGACAUCGCAUUCGCCAACAACGCCCCCCGAAUCCAACAAUUCGAUAGAAAAUCACAAGAAUAAGGAAACGCCCAUUUCGUCAGCUGUAAGCAGCAGCAACAACAACACCACUUCAAAUCCUGAUGCGGGUUCCAAAGUUACUACAUCUGCAACACCAAUACAGUCGGUGGGUGAAAAAGGCGCCUCCACUAAUAAAGAUUCGCCCACGUUCGCUAAGAGCCAAAAUGCUAGCAAUAAUUUAACAACUGUCGAUGCUGAUGAAACUGCAACAACAAUAACACCCAAUACCAGUCCAUUAUUGGUGUCUACGACAACAAUGUCACCAGUAUCAAUGGUGUCUACGCCCGAGAGUAAAGCAACAGGAAGAAAUAAUUUAUGUGGUGCCUCUGGCGGCGGUGACAACAAUGCAAUUGCACACAAAGGUGAUGGUGCAGGCACUGCAACGUCAGCUCAUCCCACAACACCAACAACUUCGCAUAAGACAAAUGCAGAGAAAAAUAAUAGCUAUGCUGCUGAUACAACAACAACAACUGGUAAAAGUUUAUCAACCACAACCACAAUCACGGCUACACAAGCUCAAGCCGCAGUUAGUGGGUGCAAUUCCAUUGACGCGUUAAAAGUUGAAAUUAAGGAGGAAACGCAGGAUAUGGAUGUUGAUAUACAAUUGCCGCCUCAUGCUAUUAGCAAGCAUUUGGACGAAGCGUACACACUAUUCUUUGCCAACAACAAUUGGUACUUAUUCUUGAGACUACAUGCCAUUUUGUGUGAGCGUUUAAGUACAAUGUAUGAGCGAGCGCAUUUACUGGCUGUCGAAGAGGAACGCCACCGUUCAAAUCGUCGUGAGAGCACAGCGACAGCACUAAGACUGAAACCGAAAUCUGAAAUACCAGUUGAAGACUACUAUCCAGCAUUCCUUGAUAUGCUUAAAAAUGUCUUAGACGGCAAUAUGGAUUCUAAUUCAUUCGAGGAUGCUAUGCGUGAAAUGUUUGGCAUACAUGCAUACAUAUCCUUCACGCUUGAUAAGGUGGUUUCGAAUGCCGUGCGACAGCUGCAAAACUGUGUCACCGAACGUGGUGCAAUCGAGUGCGUUGAACUGUUCCAUCAUGAGCAAAGGCGUGGUGGCGCAGGUGGAUUUUGUCGUGAGGUUCAAAAGAACUUUGCCAACGAAUUGGCAUAUCAACGCAAAGCUGAGGCCAGUUUACAUGAAGAGAACUGCUUCAAAGUGUAUAUUUACAAAAUUGAUUGUCGCGUGACGAUUGAACUGCUCGACACCGAAGUUGAAGAGGCGGAAAAACCUUUGAACAAAGUAAAAUCAUGGAAUAAAUAUGUGGAUCGUCUAGCCAAUCCUACGGCAAAUAGUGUUAGUGGCCAAAAUACUAUGAGCUCCAUAAACUCUUCCACCAUUAGUGUUGGCAGUCUGACUGGUAAUGCUGGUGGCGCAAACAAUACAAAUACAGCCAAUUCGAAUGCGGUAGGCAUGCCUGUGAUUUCCAGCAAUUUCGUGGACUCGAAUGGGAGCGAAAUAAAGCUUGAACGGAUGGACGAAGAGGCAAUGGACACGCACAUUGUGCGUAAGGCACGUUUCCUUAAGCGCAACAAGCGCCUGACUAGCCUACGCGCCGAACAGCAGACACGUUUGCUGCAAUUAAAGGGCGCCACAACAAAAGCAACUGUGGCAGCGGCAGCGGCAAACUCCCCAGCCGAAGGUGGUGCAGCUAGCGGUAGUUCAGUCGAUUUGGCGACGAGCAGUGGUAAUGAUGCGGCUGUUGUUACGGCUGGCGGCGAACCCCACUGGAGUUGGAAUAAGCGGGCGCCAGAGCGUGUGGGUAGCAUUGUGAUGGGCAGUGGUGCUGAGAAGUACUUUGUUAACGAUCGCGACGAAAUCAAAUUCAAUGCAUCUGGUCGUCAAGUGAUCACAAUUAAUAAGAAUCUCCAAUUGUUCAAAUGGGACUCGGUGCGACGUGCGAAAAUGUCACAUGCCAAGGUAACGCAACGCAAAAAUAAACGCUUCCAACGCGUCUUACAAAAGUGGUUGGUGGAGCAUGUGAGUGAUCAGGCGCAACAACAAUGCACGGAUUGGUUGCUGGGCAAGAAUGUGCCAAACAGUGUCAAUUGGGCAUUGAAAACGAAAAUAAUACAACAAAAUGAUAUCAAGCGUACGCCAUAUCACACUUAUAACCGUUACAAAGUUACAUUAAGCGGCAACGCUGCCAAUAGCACAAAUGCCGUUAGCGGCGUUAACAGCAGUGCCAUCUCAACAGCAACAGAUGUCACAACAGCGGCUGGCACUACAACGGUAACGGCAGCUGCCAUAAAUUGUAGCAAUAGUGGCGCGCAGGCGCAACAAACAACACACGUAGCCACAGCAGCGCCUACUACGUUGAGCGCUGGUGGCCAAACUGCGGCGAACCCAAAUGUUUCGGCGACAACGGUGGCGACGGCGGCAACAGCGACAGCGACACACCUCACAUUGACAACGGCAACAGAGACGGCUUAUAAGUUGAAUAUUGGCAGUAGUGCUGCAGGCAAUAACAAUAACAACAACAGCAACAGCAGCAAUAAUAGGCAAUUAGAAAGCUGAAUUCGGCCGAAGUAUGUGUCGUCGUCGGGUGGCGGCGGUGGCAAACGUCGUCGUCAGAGCGUGCGCGCACAUGUUGAUUAAUCAAUAAGCAGAUAUUGAGGGGAGAGCUCAAGGCGCAGGCACAGGCACGGGCACAGAAAAGACAUCUUCGGCCAGCCUCAGCGCACAUUAACUUGUAUAUAAAUGUCACACUUUGUAUAUAAUUCUGUUUGAUUUGAUUUGAUUUUACUCUUUUACUUUGCUUUUUUUCAUUAGUUUAAGUUUAUUUAUGAUAAUGAUUGAAUACUUGCAGUUUAACGCGAUUUUAGAUUUUAAGAAAUACAUACAUAUUUUCCAUGCAAAAUUGUCUGUUUUUUUUUUUCAGUUUACUAAUUUAUUUUUUGCGAUCAUAAAAUUAUAAUACAUAAGAAGCAGCGCGUUAAUUUAACCCUUAAAAGUAUAAUCGCGAACGCGAAAAACGAAAAAAAAAAACAAAAGAGAAGAGAAGAGGAAAUACGGAUGCAUACAAAUGCAUAAAAAUGAAUAUUACUAUUUAGUUCAGCUUUUAAUAAUUUAAUCAUCCUAUUAAUAAAUAGGGUUUGAAGAGGAGGAAUAUUAACCCUACAUUGAAUGAGCAGCUCCUAUAAUUUAUUAUUAUCAUUAUUAUCUAUGUUAGGUAGUUAUUACAUUUGUGUUUAAGCAUAUAAAUAUAUAAAAGGGAUAUUACACUUAAAUGACUUAAAUCGUAUAAUCCAUGUAAAUAAGCUUAACGAAUGUUGGAAUAGCGUCGAAUCUGCUUGGUUGACAAAAGUCAGUGCAUUGAAAUUAAUCUAUUUAUUGGCGUUUGAAGAAAAUUUAAUUUUUAACAAACGCAUUUAAUAUUGAUCGGACAUAUGUAUAUGUGUAGACAUUAAUUGUUAAGUCUGUAAGUAGAGUUUUUUUUUUCUUGUUUGCUUGUAAAUAGCAAGUAUCGCACGGAGAAUAAUUUAAUACGCUUUUUAGAAAAGAAAUUGAAUUAUAUUUAUAAUAGUGGAGUAAAUGAAGUACAUAUUAUAAUAUAUACAUAUAAAUAGCACAUGUAAUUCUAACGAAUAAGCAUUUUCCCUAGUUGUAUUACAAUUUAUUUAAGAUUUAUUGUGUGAAUAUAAUAAUUUUUUUAUUAACUAUUAACGGAUUUUUGAUAAAUUCACAAAAUGAAAAAGAAACAAAAACAUACUACUACGUACAUUUAUAUAUAUAUAUACACACAUAUAUAUGUAUAAGAUGUCGAUUUAUUUAAUAGGACUCUAAUUACGCUAAGUUAAAUGCAAAAAGGAUAAGAAACAAAACAAAACAAUAAAAAGCCUAAUUUUAAUCAUUUCAGUAAAAUAU